GAAGCAGCAGCUUCUGCCAUGCCGUGCUAGAGCUGCUGGCUCUGGAAAGCCACAGCGGCUCUGGUGCUCCAACGGAGAGCCUUUCUCUUUCAGGUGCUGCUGGAGCAGUAUUUGCCUGAAGUAGUGGCCACAAGGAACAGGCUUGAUGGGCUGUGGGAUCAGAAUGAGAAGAUGCUCCAGGAGCACAGUGGUGUGGCGGCUCAGCUGAGUGAGGAGAUCGGCACCCUGAAAAAGGAACUUAAGGACUUGCGAGACGCUGUGUCUGUUAACUCUCGCAAAAAGUCUGAAGUGCUGCUUGACUGGGCUCUGAAAAGCACAGGGGCCACCAUUGACCUGGAGAGAUCUUCAAAGACAUACUCAUGGGAUGGCAUGCGGUCGUGCAGGCUCUUCUGGCUUCCUUGUACCCCAAACCCUCCAGACACUAUUCUGCAGCCGGACGUUUCUCUGGGCAACUGCUGGGCUUUCCAAGGGUCUCGGGGCCAGGUGGUCAUUAGGUUGCCUGCAAAAAUCCAGGCAACCAUGGUCACCGUCCACCACACCUCAGACAUGGACUCGGCGCUUGGGAAAUUCAGCAGUGCUCCCCGAGAUUUCACCGUCUCUGGAGUGGAUGAGGAAACAGAAGCCGAAACUCUGCUCGGGACAUUCACCUAUGCCGUGCAGAAGAAGCCUGUGCAGACCUUCCCUCUGCAGGUACAGUCAGAGGUGGUGGGCAGGAGGCCUGUCCAGAAACACUGUGUUGGCAGCAAGUCAGUGGCAGCAGUGUGCAGGGAGAUCCCCAGAGCCUUUCAGGUCAUCAAGGUCAUCAUACAGAGCAACUGGGGAAAUCCAGAUUACACCUGCAUUUACUGGGUGCAGGUGCAUGGGAGAGGAACGGCUACCAGUCGUUGGCCAGGAGACAUGUCUUCUGCCAAUAAGAAUAAAAAAUAG